AUGGAGCGGCGAAUUGGACGCGAAACAUUCAAGGGGGCCCUCAAACAUCUGAUCGAGCAAGCGCCGCUCGGCAAAACCGCACACUCGCAUCUCAUCGCCCAUCGCGCUUUCCUGGACCUCGUGAAGAAGCUGUGCAACAUCGACCUGGGAACGUUCAUGGCGACGUGGAUUGAGCAGCGCGACCUUGCUCGUCUGCGCUGCUGGUACAGUUUUUCCCAACAGGAGAAUAGUCUCGCUGUUGUCAUCAAGCAGGAGGGCACUGGUCGCAAGACGGUUCGACUGCAGAGUGGCGAAGAAGUCAGCAUCGACCUGCCCCAUCUCCAGGAGGGGAGCCGGAGUCCGAUUCUGUGGGUGAAGUUCGACCACGACUCGAAGCUGCUGGCAUCCAUUACCGUUGAGCAGGAGCACUGGGCAUGGGGAUACCAGGCCAGGCUCGACCGACACGUCAUCUUCCAACUCGACGCAAUCAAAGCGAUGGGCAAGCACGUUGGCCACCGGAGUGUUGUGUUCACGCUGCUUGACGCCGCCGAGAACGAGCAGCUCUACUUCCACGUCCGCACACAGGCCGUCCUCGCACUCGCACAGUGCGAGAAUGUGGAUGAGGAUCAACACGGCAUCGUCGCUGCCCUGCGCGCGUUUUACGAGCGGCAUUACUGCGCAAAGAGCGAUUUCGGAUUCAUGCCGCUCGAGAACGACUUUUCCAACUUUCCCGCCUACUUCUUGCAGCAGGCGACGCUGACGGCGCUCUCGCGACUGAAGAACACAUACGGAGUGCCGCCAUUGGAAAUUGUUGAGAUGCUCCACACCAUCGUGCUCGCAACAGAUCAGGGGUCGAACCAGUACGAUGACGCCACGUUUCGACGCCACACGCUCGCGUGUUUUGCUCACGCCCUCCGCCCACACAAGCGACGAAAUGCACAGGAUAUGCCCGCAGAUCAGCAGGCCAAGCGGCAGGAAUGGGUUCGCCGGGCGGUUUCGCUGUUUGCGCACUGCAUCAGCUACGACCACGUGUCCGCAUCAUACAAGAAACGCGUCACCGUCGGGUGUGUGGAUGCCUUGACAUCGUUUGCCCGCUGGCACUACAUCGAACCGCCACUGACUCUCCUCAACCAACUCAACUCUGAUCGCCAGCCCGCCUGUGUGCGACACGCAGCGCAAGCAGCGCUACUCAGACUCUCAAGGGACAACAUCCACGUGUUCAAUCACUGGCUGCGUGUACUCGAAUCCAUGAAAGACCACGAGCGGUUGGAGACGCGGCGGUGGUGCCCGCGCGUGCAAUCAGCCGCAUACCGCCUCCACAGUACCAUCAUGCAUACCACGAAGGAGCCAGCAGGCAGUGCACUGCGCACGAAACUGCGGAUGACGGCGAAACCGUCCAAGACAUCGACAUCACCCGCGCGCAGUCACAAGGCCCCGGCGCAGCGCAAUCUCAGCCCGCCCAAACGCCCGCACCAGCGGUUGGUGCUCGUGUGCAAGCAGAGCAUCGCGCGAGAGUUGAUGAGCAAGUCUGCAUCUGCGUCCCCAGCGCGUGCACGAGCAGGCGUGUCACCGGUUCCAAUGUCAUCCACACCAACACCUUCCAGCACGCGACCAACAACAGCACGCAAGCCAUCACCGGCGUCAGUAGCGUCAGCAGCAAAGGCCAAGUCGCAAUCAACAUCAUCAUCAUCGUUGGUAUCAUCAGCAAAGCGCCCGCGGUCCACUCCUCCGGCCCCGAAGGUUGCAUCACCAUCCUCACCAUCAUCAUCAUCCUCAUCAGCGGCAACGACAGCAGCAGCAAAGGACACGGGUUCGACUGGUGCAGUAGUGAAAUCAUCGACAAUGACGAUGACAAGUGGCAAAACGUCGCAGCAAGCAUCCAGCACACCGACAAGAGCCUCCUCAACACCUUUGGCAACAAAGGCACGGCCACCACCGCUGUCCAUGUCAAUCCCUGCACAUGUGUCCACGAAAGAGGAGGAGACACCGCGCACGCCCAAGAUCAGAAUCACCUUCUCAGCGUUCAAGGGGACGGGUGACGGUAGCCUGGGUGGCGCUGACUUUGAUGGCGGACAGAAGAAGAAGAAGAAAAAGAAGAAAAAGAAGAAGAAACACAAGCACGAGCGCGACCGCUAUGAUGACAACGACGACGUCGACGAUGAUGGCGAUGAUGAUGACGCUGCGCCGUUCUGA